CUAUGGACAGAGUAGAUGCUAUUAAACAUGUAAUCCUAUGUUUUCUGUGAAAAAUUUCUAAAUCAACAGAUGCCAAAUGUUGUAUCAGAAUGGGGCAGUCUUGCCUCCUAAUUAUGGUCCUGUACUGGCGGCUCAUUGUCUCUAACACUAAGAACUGCUUAGUUACACACACACAAAAGGGAGCAAAUGUGAGCACAAAGGAGAAAAAUCAACCCUGCUUCUGGCAGAUUGAGGUGCUGUGCUGUCCUGAUGGGGCAUGCUGUGUUUCUAUUGUGGUUCAUGAAUCUAUCAUCUUCCUUCCUUCCAUCCUUCCUUCUUUUAUAAAGUUGACAUCAAACCAUCUUGUAAGACUAAAAUAAGUCUUUUCUUGAAUUAUUAAAAUCUGCCCAGUGGCGCUACAUGGCUGGAGGUGACUUUGGGACCUUUUCAGCAUUGUUUCCAGAGCCCCACUGGAGGUGCAGUCAUUCUCGUCACUUUUGAGACACACCUAGCCUUUGGCCUGGUGAAGUUACUCAACUUCACUGCUGAUUUUGUCAGAGUUGGCUCUGGAGACCAUUUCCAUGUUUCAAGCACUAAGCCCACCCCCAAGGCCACAGACCGCUGCUUUUGAAAAGCAGCAAAAGGUCACAGGCUCUUUAGGGGACUCCCCGAGGAGCUCACAGUCACCAAGUCACCUCAUACUUCAUUUUUGGGCUGGAUGCUGAACUCUGCUCCCGUAAGUAAGCUCCGCUCCCAGGAGCAGGCUCAAGCUAGAUCUGGGUGUCAUGUUUCUGUCUCUUUGGUUUGAGCUCCCAGGAGCUCAGAGCUUCCCCCCUGAGUGUCCUGAUGCCUUGUCCUGGCAGUGUUUGUCAUUCCACAUCUCCUGUGUGCCUCUCCUUGAUCCUCCCUACAGUGGAACCCCUUGUGACUUAUAUCCUGGCCAACCAUCUGAUAGUCAGUGGAGAGCAGCCACCUCUCUCCUCCUCAUCCCUUAUUUUGGCCCUAGUAGGUGCAGAGUUCAUGUCUCUCUGAGACCACUUACAAGUGAUGGGGCUUGAGCUUAGCAGAUGACACACUUCAACCAUGCCCAUCAAACCUGUUUCAUGCGUUGCUUUGGACUCCAAAGUGUUCCCCCUCUUCUUCACUUCCCAAGUCCAAGCCCACUGCUUUGCAGAAUUGGGGUUUCAUGAAGCUAAACUCCUCAAAAGCUGCAGAAGAAGCAAGUGCUACCGUCUCCUCCUCCGGUGGUAGAGGCUGAUUUCAGGGCAAAGGAGAGCCUGGUGAAUAAGAAUGGCCAAGGAAGGUUCUGUGACAUAUGUGGAGUUUGCCCUGGGUCUUGGCGAGCAGGAGGUCUCAGGCAGAAGCAUGACACACAGUGUGCGUCUGAGAGGGUAGUUAAGGAGAGAGACAAGUGAUGAGGACAUUAUGACGUUGUUACCCCAAACUUUGAUUCACAUCUCUGUCACACGGGGAACUCUAAACUCUCUUGGUGGUUGGCACCCCAAAGUGAGUCAGGGAUCAAUGCUUUUUUACUUUAAUUAAUUAAUAUUAUUGUGUGUUUGUGUAUGUGUGAAGUGUGUAUGGGGGCACACAUGUCAGAGGCCAGAGGUCAGAGGACAACUUUGCGGAGUCAGCAAGUCCUUCCCAGGGACUGAACUUAGGCCACGAGGCUUGCAAGGCAAGUGCCUUUAACUGCUGAGCCAUGGGUCAGCCCUGUCAGUGUUUAACUUUAAAGAUCCUCACAUAACUCCAUUGCAUAGCAGAGUUUGGAAACUAUUUCUCUGCAUUGAUUUUUUUUUCAAGUACCUGAAGCACCUCAGGAAGAUGCGCAAAGAAACAGUUAAACAAUGGAUGACCAGAAAGGAGAGUCCAAGUUGCCUGGGAAACAGAAAGGCUCAUUCCAGUGACCAGGUCAUUCCAGUGACCAGGUCAUUCCAGUGACCAGGUCAUUCCAGUGACCAGGGAGACUGGGAAGAGUAUUGGGUGACUACUCGCAAAAUAUAUUAUGUACUUACAUGAAAAUAGCCUUGUGUGACCUUAUGUGAUGAAAUAACAAACAAAAAGCAAAAGAAAAAAAAAAAAGAAUUCCUUCUAAAACGAUGACUGAUUCUGUGAUGGCUCAUGAUUGAGAGAAAGAAGAGGAGGAGGAAGAAAGGAAGCCUGGCGCUUCAUUUUUAGUUACUUGGGAGGUUGAGGCAGGAGGAUUACCUGAGUCCAGGAGUUCAAGUCCAUCCUGGGCAACAAAGUGAUAUGCUGUCUAAUAAAACCCAAAUAAGGCAAGACAAAUGAAUUCAACCUAAAUCACUUAAAAGAGAAAAAAAUUAGGAAGGAGGGAAGGAGGGAAGGGCUACGGUUGGAGGUGAACAAGAUGAAGCCAAGGACUGAUGUCAGUUCCUAGGAAGCACAUACUGUGAGCUGCUGUGCGGCGGCAAAGCCCUGCUAGCUGGUAGCUGAACAAAGAGAACAACUGUGGAAUCACAGGGCAGGAAGUGGGCACCCAAGAAAGUCUCCAACCCUUUCUUCAUCGGGGGGCAGGGUGAUGCUGGGCUGUGGACAGGGCUUUCAACAGUGUCCCUAUAAUCACAUGAACCAUUUGCUAAAACAUCCCUUAAUGUUGGCUGCAGUGGUCACCCAAGGGCAGAGUUCGCUGUGUAUAGCAAGAUCUAAUGGACUUUUGAGGUCUUGAUGUUUGUCUGUAGCUAAUUUAAAAAUUCCCCCAACCUUCUGGUUUAUGCUAAUGAAUCAGAGUUGUUGGCCUACAGCUGGAGUGUUUGCAUUUUGUUCCUUUUUUGAAAUCACAAGGUCAUCUGCUGUGGCUUGCACUCUGAAGGUGGGAUUGCCUGGGCUUAGCCACAGGGCCAUCUUCUGGCAGGGUCAUUACUCCUUGGACUUGUCCAUUGAUUUGGGGACCUGAGAGGGGCUGUUUUGGACCGUUGCAUAGAAAGAGAGGCUUUGCCCCCAUUCCCCUUCCUCCUCCAUACCCAGGCAGUUGAGAAAUGCUGAUCCAACCAGGCUGAUCUUUGCCUUGGAGCCAGAGCCUAGUGAGUGGGCCUGCCGGGCCCCACCCCUGCGGAGUUAGUUCUGUUUGGCAAGUAGUCCAAAAUGGGCCAUUGGUCAUGUCGGGAUGUGAACUAGCUUGACAGAGAACCAUCAGGGUGGCUUUGGGGUGUUGUGUGGCUGCUGGGACAGCCCCUGCAGGCAUUCUCACUUACCUGCUUGGUCCUGGAGUGGUGGCAGUGUGUGUGCUUGGUAGCUGGCAAGAGGGGUCUGCAGCUGGGUGUUUGGGGCCUUUGAUGUCAUCUCCUCUACGCUCAGGUUCUGUUGCAUAACGUGUGACUUUUAGGAUGGAGGUAAAUUUGAAGCUGGGUUGCAAUGUGACCUUUAUGUAGGGCUUGCUUGUGUGUGACUGCUAGUGGGUGUCCGAGACACAUACACACACAGGCACGGGCUGAUUCUCAGGAAUAGAACUGCCUGGGGUGUGAAGGAACCCACAUCGAGAACCCAUGUGGCAGGUAGUGAUCCAGCUGCCCAGGAGGGCUCUGGGCUGGGGAGUGUAUCUGUGGGGUCUCUUCCUCCAUUUGCUGUUUCUGGGAUUUGGGGCUCCUCUGCUUUUCCUCCUCAUGCUUCUCCGAGUGUUCUCUCUGGCUGCACAGAAUGGGGCCCAGGUUGUGUUUAUGGCUGCUCGUUCUGUGGCCCUCAGGGCACAGGUCUGUAGCGUUUAUGUCUUCCUUCAGGGGGGUGCUUGGCUUGCCCAGCUGGUAGGGAGUUGGGUGACCCUGCUCAUAAGGCUCUUUGGUGGCAUGCUAGAGACUCUGACGCAUAUCCCAUUAAUCCUACUGUGUGAGCAGGCUGCUAGGUGGCUGGUACAGGCAGUUGUGUGGGCAACUAGAGGCCUGGCUCGGGUAUGGGGCAUGGCAAUGUUUGUCCAGCUGUGUGCCCACUCGUUCUUCAUUGGCAUGUGCCUGUGUCUGCACAUCUGCUUUUCCACCAUCAGCUCCAAGGUCCAUGUGAGAGUGCAUAUGCCCUUCUGUCUCUCACUGCCUGUGAGAGUCCAUGUACCCCUGAACCUGGGCAUCAGAAUGAGGCUUCAGGGUGGGAGACCCGGGAGUGCAGCGGUGGAGGUAGGGAGACCUCAAGGGGAGACUCCGCAGGAACAACAGCCCUGCAGGACCAGGAACCUCAGGCCUACAAGGAGAAGGGAGGUGUCACGGAACAGGAGUGAGCCCAGACCAGGUGGGUAAGUGAAGGGACCUCUGUCCUCAGCCUUGGGGACCGCGAUUCCUCUCUCUGGUCAGCAGGCCAGGCUUAGAGCUGCUUUGCUUCUCAUCCCAGUCAGUCCCCUGCAGCUGACCUCCUCUUUCCCUCUGGGGAGGUGGUGGUACCUGGGGAAGAUCCAGGCAGAAAGACCCAGGAAGCUUCUAGUUUUGGCCAUUUAUCCAAAAGACAAUAUAGCUCUU